CACUGCGCCUCCCCCGUGCUUACCCCCCCCGGCGACUGAAGGAGGUUUGGUGGUGGUGGUGAGGAGGUUUGUGGUGAGGAGGAGGAGAGGUGAGGAGCAGCAGAAGGAGAAGAAGAGGAGAGAGAGGCCUUGAUCUCGAGCCGGUCAGUGGCGGGGGCUGAUUAUUUUACGGCCACCGAAACUUGAUGCGGGUCACCUGGCUGGAGGAGGUCACACAAGCCAGAUUCAGCCCCGAGAGCCUCGGACAAUCGAUGGGGGUGGGACCCGGAGCGGAGGUCUUUACUGCUACGAGAACUGAGCCGCACAGCACGAUCACCAUCAAGGCAAUGAAGCUGGAAUUAAGUGAAUGGAUUUUUUAUUUAUUAACUUUGUCUAAAACAUAUUAGAGGCUUGGGGAGGGGGAAGUCUCGAAACAGGAAUGCUCUGUAUAUAAGCUGCAUACAGCACCCCCACCGCCAACCACCAAGCUGACCGGUGCGAGCAACAACAACCGGGAGAGCCAGAGAGAGGGACAGACACCGGGGCAGGGGUGUGUCCCAUGACGGAUUUAAAGGAACCGAACGCUUGGAAGUUCGUCGCUUACAUCAAAGCUCUGCACGUCGGAGCAGUGGCUCCCGAGCUGCCGAGCCAGCGCGAGCCAGCACGUGUUGCCGACGGGGCGCCGGUCGAUCCCGGGGGGGCGCCGGGGGAGCCAUGCGGCGCCUGCUCCUCCUCCGACGACAACGAUGACGACGACGACAACGAUGACGACGACGACAACAACGACGAGCGUUCGGAAAAAUCUCCGCGCGAGGGGCUGGCGCGGAAGGAACGGCGCGCGGCCACCGUCUCGUUCAAGAACGUGAAGGAGAGCGGCGGCGGUGGUGACGGCGGUCGCGAUGAUGGAGGCGGCGGCGGCGGUGGUGACGGCGGUCGUGAUGGUGGAGGCGACGGCCGCGGUGACGGCGGUCUUGAUUGUGGAGGCGAUGGAGGUGGCGGCGGCGGCCGUGAUGGUGGAGGAGGAGGCGGCGGAGAAGUCGCGCUGCGGGCUAAAGUUGCUGCCGCCGACGAUGACGAAGAGGAGCAGGAGGAGGAGGAAGCCGACGAGCAGAGCGAGGACGGCGCCGUGACGAUCAAGCAGUGGGUGAUGCACGGCGCCAUCAUGUUCGGCCGCGAGUUUUGCUACGCCAUGGAGACGGCCCUGGUGACGCCCGUCCUCCUGCAGAUCGGCCUUCCGGAGAAGUACUACAGCCUCACGUGGUUCCUCAGCCCCGUGCUCGGCCUCAUCUUCACGCCACUCAUCGGCUCGGCGAGCGACCGCUGCCGGUCUCCCUGGGGCCGGCGCCGCCCCUUCAUCCUGGUGCUGUGCGUCGGCGUGCUGCUGGGCACCACCCUCUUCCUCAACGGCGCCAACAUCGGUCGGCUGUUGGGAGAUGGAAAUGGUGAUCACCUCUACGGCAUCGUGCUCAGCAUCCUCGGCGUGGUCAUGCUCGACUUCUGUGCCGACGCCAGCGAGGGCCCCAUCCGGGCCUACCUCCUGGACGUGGUGGAGAGCGAAGAGCAGGACACGGCGCUCAAUAUCCACUCCUUCUCAGCAGGCCUGGGCGGGGCGGUGGGCUACAUGUCGGGUGGCCUGAACUGGACCGGCACCUUUCUGGGCCGCAUCUUCCACUCGCAGGAGCAGAUCCUCUUCUUCUUCACGGCGAUCAUCUUCUCCUGCUCCGUCGUCCUGCACCUGCUCAGCAUCCCCGAGGAGCCGUACGUGCCGCUGCCGUGCAAGCAGGACAAGGAGGCCGGCGGCUCCGUCGGCGGCGCCUCUCCCACCAAGCGCGCGGUCCCCUCCCCACGGCUGCUCCUCCGAGAAGACGACGAGGGUGGCGGUGGCAGCGGUGGCGGCAGCGUCUUCGCGGCCGCUCGCUUCUCCGACGAGACGCGCUCCGAGAACGAGCUGUGCCUGAGUGUUUUCAACGCGGACCUCGUGCGCAGCAAGAGCGACUCGGCACUGCACAUGUCGGACUCCGCCACGGACGUCGAUUCAGAGCACGGCUUCCUGUGCCGCAUCGAGCCGUCCAUCUUCGACGACAGCCGCGACGGGAUUGCCGGACGAUCCGUCACGGGCAGUAGCGGCGGCAGCAGCGGCGACUUGAGCAUCCGCUGCAGGCCCAGCGGCUUCGAAGAGACCGCGUUGAGCCAGACGGAAACGGAUAACGCCAACCGGAGCGGCCCCGGGAAGAUGUGCGAACAAUCGCUGCCGGAGACCGACAAACAGCAGCAAAGCGGCACGGCCGAGGGCGCCACGAGUCAUUCGGGCGACGGCCUGCCGGGCAGGAGGGCCCGCCGCCCCGCUUGCCGGGCCCGCGGCUCCAGCUUGCGUCAGCAGGGCAGCUGUCGCCCCAGUCAGCGCCGGCGCUCGCGCCACCAGCAGCCGCACCACCACCGGAGGGCGCACGCCGGGCUGCUCAUCAAGCCAUCCCGCUCCACCGGGGACAUCCGCGAGCUCGCCAAGCGACAGAGGCUACUGUGCUCGUACGACCACCACCAGCACUGCCGCCUGCAGCGCCGGCACGAGGGCCAGUCCCCGAGCGACGGCGUCAGCAGCAGCGGCAGCGCCGGCGAGUCGGACUCGGAUGACGAGCGCGAGACGGUGAACACGGUGCGCCUGCUGUGGCUCUCCAUGCUGCGCAUGCCCCGUGAGCUGCGCCACCUCUGCACCUGCCACCUCUUCACGUGGUUUGCGCUCAUCUCGGCCGCCGUCUUCUACACCGACUUCAUGGGUCAGAUGGUCUACAGCGGGGACCCCACGGCUCCUGCCAACUCGACCGAGGUGCGUCUGUACAAUAGCGGCGUGCAGAUGGGCUGCUGGGGCCUCACUGUGUACGCGCUCACGGCAGCAGCCUUUUCAGCCGUGCUGCAGAAAUACAUGAGCGAGCAGGAGCCCUGUGUGAAGGGCGUCUACUGCCUGGGCACGCUCGGCUUCUCUGUCGGCAUGUCCAUCAUGGCCGCGUUUCCCAACGUCUACGUCUCCAUGGUCAUGAUCUCCACCAUGGGGCUGGUGUUCAUGAGCAUCGCCUACUGCCCUUACGCGCUGCUGGGGCAGUACCACGAGCUCAAGGAGUUCGUACACAGCAGCCCCGAGGGGACCAAGCGUGGCUUUGGCGUGGACUGCGCCAUCCUGUCGUGCCAGGUGUACAUCUCGCAGAUCCUGGUGGCGUCGGCGCUCAGCGGCUUCAUCCAGGCGACGGGCUCGGUGCGCGUGGUGCCCAUCGUGGCGGCCAUCGCUUCCUUCGUCGCCUUCCUCGUGGCGGCCUUCCUCGUUGUGUACCCGGCCGGCCACGCCGAGCGUCGUCUCGAGAAGGCCAGGGCCCAGGGGGCGGUGGCGGCGGCGGCGGCGGCAGCGGCGGCUGACGACGACGUCGGCGCCGCGACCCCGACCCCGACGGCCGUGACGACGGCCGUGACGACGGCGGGCUCGAGCGCGACCGCAAAAGCGGUGCCGGCCGCGGGAAAGGAGGAGGAGCGGCGGACUUCCCCACAGGAGGCAGAGCUGAGCAACGGGCUGCUCAAGGGGCGGCCGUCGUUGCCGCCGCUGCCACCGCCGCCGCCGGCCGAAGUGGAGGCGCGGGAAGAGAAGGCCUCGGGCGAGAAUUGGCGGAUUGGGAGCAGCGGGAAGAAUCGUGAGGAGGCGGAGACUUUCCUGUGAAGCUCCCGCUGAUUAAUAGAUUCUCCACCCCCCACCCCCCUUUCUCCUCUUCCUUCUGUCGCGCCCUUCAAACGAACGAGUUUCUUCCUUUGCGAGCAAGAAGCUUGCAGUUUUUAUUGUUUUGUUUCGACGUCGUUCGUUUUCAACCUUGACGAGUUUCAACUUUGUUUCUUUCAACCUCUUUAAUUGUGACGCCUAAACGAUGGGCCGGUGACAGAAAAGGCGAAACGAGUGGAAAACAAACCCCCAGCGGUUGUGCUUGUUGAUUGGGUACCCUUGCAAUAAUAACAAGAGUGAGUUUCUACAAGACAAUUAUUAAUGAUUGUGCGUGAUUUUUUUGUUGUUGUUACAAUCUUCUUCCCUAAUCCAUUGACAGGUCACAUGCAUACACACUGGUACGAUCGGUAAUGUGUGCAAUCUGUCGGUGAGUACGAUGCAGGAGUUGUGCGAUAUAAAUGUCCGGGGGUGGGUCGGGGGGUUGGGCACUGGUGGGGGCUGUUUCUGGCGAUUCAGAAAGGGCACCCAGGAAAGGCUGUGAGCGACGAGGUGGACGUUUCGCCGAGACUUAGACUGCACGGCUCUCCGCUGCCAGAAGCGGGAUACAGAAGCUGCCGUGAAUUGACCGUGUGGCAAACGUUUUUUUUUCCUUCAUUGAUAUUUGUUUCACUUUGUUUACUCCAGGAAAGUCACGUGACUCUUCCUCGGGGGGGGGGGGGGGGGGGUGUGGGGUUGCUGUCAAGUUUUUUUUUCAGUACUAGGGAGCAACGAUUGCUUUUUGUAAUCCCAGUGAAUUAAUUAUCCCGGGGACAUUUUUCACAUUUGGCACACGAUGGCACUGCUCAUUGCGAAUUAGCGUCGAGGGAUCUGUAAUGUCCGCCGAGAAGCGGGCCGGCAUGCAUGCGUGCGUGUUUUUUUUUUUUACGGCCGCUAGACACCGCCGCAGUAUUAACCAGGGCGGCCGCUGGAUUCGACAUCACGAGCCUUUGCCACAACGAGCGGCGAGAACGCUGGGCCCCGUCACUGCCCCGAGACGCCAAGUUAAAUGCAUAGUAUGCAUAGCGGUCAUUAAAUAAAUGGGAGUAUUUUGUUUACCCUCGGUUUAACACAAUAUAAAAAAAGGUGGCCAUUCUAUGCGAAAUUUUCUAUCAAUCACCCUCCACCACCCCACGAGAUUGUAACGUUUGUCGGGUGGUGGAGGGUUAUUGACGAAAUUUUCGUCCCAAAACUAUAAAUUUGGCCCGAAACCCCAAAAAAACAUCGAUCAAUGAAGUAAAAACAAUUACAGCUAAAAUAUCGUCUUUGAUAACAUCCGCCUAUUGUAUUCGCUAUGGGAAACCAACGCUUUAAACAAGUUACCUAAAAAUUUGCAAGCCGUCCAGCGUGCCGCAUAUCAAUUAUCAGCGGCGCGCGGUACGUGUUGAUACAUACGCACGGGCACAAACACGUACCGCCGUACCCCACACGCCCACGAGUGGCAUUGCUCGAUCGAUGACAUCAGUGAAUCACGAUAACAAUCGCCACGAUGCCGUGAUACCAAAUCGUACGUUUUGUUAUUCGUUGUCGGCCGUUAAGCAGGCUGACGCUAAUAGCGUAUCACGUCGGUCUGUGCGCGGAGCAUUGAGCGCUCGUCAGCGGUGUCUUGUCCUGAGUGCACGUGGCUUAGGGGUCGGCGUUAAUUAAAGCGAAGGACGACUCAAAAGGGCUCAUUUCAGACACGCACAGCUCGACGUUGUAACAUUAGGCCGGGCCACGUGCGUUCAACGCCACUCUAGAGCAUCUAGCUGCCCAACUGUCCUCAAAAGGGCAGGAUAUGGAUGAGUGCUUCACAGGAAAGUGAACUCCCUUACCUGGUGUUCCCAUUGUCUGGUGCAACCUCCCAUGAGUCAAUCUGCACUGCUGACUCUCCCCCCCCUUCCAUCACCCUCCCCCCCCUCAUCCUCCCCCUACCUCCCUUACUUCAACAGUGGGAGGGAGUGGGCAAGUUAAUGCUUGAGACUUUUCUAAAAUGCCCUUAAUCCGAUCGGCCUAGAGAGCCUGAGAUUGGAUGCUAUGAAUAGAAAUGUAAAGUUUCCACUCUUGCCGCCUGGGUGCCAAUGGAGAUGUGCACCGUCCCUCAUUGCUCAUUGACGUGGCAAUUUACUUGAGUAAUGCCCGCUUGAUAUAUCCCGUGUGCUUGCACUUCGUGGCAGAUUCAAAUUCAAUUCCUAGCCGAGCGCCAAACUGAGCGUGCACCAUCCUCAUUACCCCUGCGGGGUGAAUUAAAAUGGGCACUGCUGUGCGGGGAAGUCAACUUUGGCCAGAUCCUGUGAAUGUUUCAGUCAACAGCUGACCUCCAUGACCAACUCUCGCUAACCUCGUCCGUUGUCGCCUAUCUUUUGGGCAUCCACCCCCUUGGUCGCCGCCGACCUCCGGCUGCCACUCCGGUGCCGGUGCUCGGUGACGCUCCCUCCGUCAUGCUGCACGUCUCUCCUCUCCACCGCACACCGCCCCCCCCCCUCCCCCCCCCCGCCCCCCCCCCCCAUUGAUUUAAUCCGCAAUGUUCUGCAUUCAAUUUCAAGUUUUCUUAAACAGUCCUGUCGUGAAAUUCCUAGCAUCCUGUGAAUGCGCGUGCACCUCAAGGCCAGGGGCUUCUUUACCGGUUGCUUUUCCGAGGCGUCCCGCUCGACACAAACCUCGCUUGGAUGUUUUAACGCGAACAAUGCUCUCUUUGCCGCUUCCAAAUUCCAUCGUUCGAGCUGCUUUAUCCCUCCUGUGCCCCUAGCGCGAGAGUGACACGCGGGGGAGAGGGAAUGAAGCACACUCCGACCGAGUUCCUGGUGCGACUUCACCACCCGGCGCGAAAGAUGGUGCCAGUAUUCGGGGAGCGGAGAGCGCCCGGCCUUGGUGCUCCGUCUCGCUGUGCAAGCGGUCGGCCUCUGCAUUAUUCAGCCCGAUGGUUGGCACGGUUGGGCAUUUCGCGGCAAGCUCGGACCGAGGGUGUUUCCCCUGUACACCAUCUCCCUGGUGUCAUGGGAAGGGGAGGAAUAUGUCACCUUAGAGGCAGGAUGGAGAACUACGUUGUAAAUGCAUUGUCUCGAGUGGUGUAUUAUUACGCAGCUGACAAGAAAAUAUCCCGGUGGGAGACUAAAUGCCCCGAGAAUGCCGACAGAUUGCCCAGGACAGUUUUGAUCCUGGGAAAUCCGGGACAGCUGGCAACCGUAGACUCGGCUGAGGUUUAUGCAGCGUUGACUGAUGAUGAACCGUUCCGCUGUUCGGAUCACAGUUGAUUGCAGCUCGCGGGACUUGGGAGGACACGGUAAAUGCUUCGAGUGGCUCUUGACGUUCCGCGCGGUAAUUGCUGGUAAUGGUCCGCGACUCGUCCAUGCAAAAAUGGCACAAGGUGGGAAGGAGUGACACGGGGUGAAUUGCUAUUUUGCAUAUACCCACCGACCGCUUCCCCCAAUUGGUGGCAGCGUUUCCAUGGACGCGGAAUCUCCCCCGCGCGAUGAUCUUUUUUUUUUUGGCAAUCAUUCGAAUCCUCCCAAAGCAAAGCGGCACUUUCGACCUGGACGUGAAGACAGGCGAGCGGUGUGCCUCACCGCAGCGUAACCGAGAUGCUCAACCACACCCAACGCUUUAUAUCUGUGUUUUUCUGCGCGUGGUGUCCCGCGGGGGCGGUCGCGGAGGGAACCGAGUGUUUCAAUCCUGCGAAUAUCAAUUCUUUUCCUCGAUUCCUAUAGUCCCGUGCGACUCUGUGUGACGUGCGUGGCUGUCUCGUGCGCCUCUCCUCUCACUCCUACCCCCCCUGAAGUACAACCCACACCUUUACAAUUCAAUUACCCCGAAUGCACUUUUCUGGUAGAACGUACGAAAGCAAAUAUAGACACGAACGCACGCUGCUGUGACGUGGUGGUGUAAAUAGCUUGGGGGGGGGGGGUGGGGGGCGUUGUGUUUUACGGCCCAAUGUUCGGUCUCUCUCGAUUUAAUUCGCUCCCCCCUCUUCCCUUGUCGGCGACUUGCAAUACUGACACACGGGUCAGAGUGCCUGCAACCAGCAAAUGCAGACGCGCCUACUGCCCAGCAAUAACACUGUAUGGCUUCCAAAAGACUUAAGUGGCGGCGGCUGCGGCGUGCUUGCGUGCACGUGUUCGCGAUCGCGCCCCGAGUAUGCUGUCCGUCGCGCUACGUGUCAGGCUGAUGCUACUUGUCACAGGUGUAGGGCAAGAAAGUCUUAAAUGCUCCUGUCUGUAACCCUAACUUCUAGACCUUAAACCCCCAAACCCUUAAACCGUAACACCAAAACCCUAACCUUAUUCCUAACCCGUAAACCCUAUGCGUAAAUCCUUAACCCUCGCCCCUAAACCAUAACUCUCACUGCUAACCCUGAACCCAGUCCCUUUUCCUAUUCCAUAACACUUUAGCCAUAACAUCGAAACCCUAAACCAUAACCCGUCAUUAUAAAACCAUAGCCAUAACUCCUGAGCUCUAAACCCUAACCCGAUCCCUAACCCAUAAACCUUAACUCUCACUCGUAACCCCUUAACCCUUUAACCCUACACCAAAAAAACCCCCAAAGAAAGUACAUCCCUUCAUUUCAUCAACUGAAAUCUAAAGAAGUGGGCAUUGUGGAGGACCGCCGCUGUUGGGUAAACGCGACCCAACGAUGGCCCGUGAGUGAUCGAACAUCUUCUCGAUGUUUGGAUUUAAAAAAAUCUGCGGGAAUAGCGAGCGGGGAGCGGGUUGCGUCACGCACCGCGAGCGGUGUGCGGGGACCCCGUACCGCUCUCGUUUUUGCACUUUACCGCCCUGCGCCCUCGGCCCAUGGGGUGGGGGGGGGGGGGGGAGUCGGUGGGGCGGGCGAUGUGGGUGGGGGGUCCCGGAUCCGGCCUCAGUCCUGCUGAUGAGCACAAUGUCGCCGCCUCCGCGGGCAGCGCAGCAUCCCGUUGAGAUUGGAACUUUAUCGGUGAGGGAAUCCCAGGGGGUUCACGCCGGGAUCUCCGGCGUGCCUUGGCAGACGACUUGAACCGUGCUGUGGCACCGCGGCCGGUCGCUCACGGGUGAAACUUAUCCAGCACAUGUCAGCUGCGUACGUUUGUGUAAAAAAAAAGAAUAAUAAUCAUGAGAAUGUACGAAACAUAAAAUGCUUGUUUGCGUAUAUCACGUAGAGUAUAAUUUUAAGCAAACGGUUGCAUAUAUUUUCAUUCUACUGGCACAGGCUGCUGAGUGAUAUAAUAUACAAAACGAUACACGGGGACGUGUGCGUGCGUAACGACGUGUACCGGUUGGCGUCCGGCGACGUGUACACUUGCUUCGUAGCGUAAGUGCGUACUGCCGUGUGCUUAGCCAAGCGGCUGCAUGCGACAACUCAGGCCAGGGGCGCACUCCAAACGUUGCUCGUGCAGUCGCGCCGAGCCGGGCCACGUGCUGUGCGUUAGGUGCGGAGCGGUCUGUUGGGACCUCUGCUCCCUCCUCCCUAUGGUUUGACGUCACCGUAAGGGCUGCUAGCAGCAGCCCACACAUUUGCACGCUGUCUCUCUCGCCCGCGCGGACAGGCUCGUUUCCCCCGUCCCUUUAACGUUUCGUCGUUGCAGCGGCUGCGGUAAGCUGCGAUGAUUUGCAUUUCAGCGCACUGCAAUGCGUUGCGUCGUCCGAUGCAGCGUUCGUUACUGCAGUAAGCAAACGCAUUCUGCUCAGGGCUUAAUUCCUCGCUGAAUAUCUUCCAGCCCCGCAGGUAGGUUGACUGGAAUAGAUGCCGCAUGAUGAAUAGUCGCCACAACGAGAGGUAUAUCGGAUGUGGUGUGCCGGGUGCUGAAAUUAUUUCCGGGUCGCUCACCCGGACAGACCCGGUUGUAAUCAAGCCCCGAUUCUGCUGCAGUAUUGUCGCUUACCAAAGAAGUGAGAAAAAGACUCAAGGUGGUAGAAAUCACAGAGAAGAUGAGAGAGAAAAGGCUGGUGUGGUUCGGUCAUGCGGAGAGACAGCAGGAAAAGUAUGUGAGUCAGAAGGUGCAGGUGAUGCAAGUGGAAGGAAAGGGAUCAAGAGGAAGGCAGAAAAAGACGUGGGGCGAUGUAGUGCGAUCGGACCGUGGUGGCCCGAAGAGCGGAAAGAGAGAUGGCGCAGGAGAUGGAAGCGUGGAGAAGGUUGGCAAGGACAGCGGAACACCCCACGUGAGUGGGACAAGCGUGUGGAAGAAGAAUAAAUGCAUGCCGAGUUGCGGGUGCCAUCGGUGGGGGCACCGUAUCUUGCGCUCCGUAUGGUCGGCAGCUGCCGGCGCAGCGACUGUGGGUGUCGUGGGGGGAGGCGUGGAGCCAGAGACCAUCCACAAAGUUUCGGCCCCAAACACAAAACAAAAAUUCGUGGUAUUUUUUUGAGUCCGCGUAUUUCUUCUCCCUUCAACAAGGUGACGAAGGCUGAUUACGAUGGUGGUGGAAUCUUUAACUUCACGGUAGCGCACGGAUGGCAGACUCGGUGCUAAUUCAAUCGCGCGUAGUUGUGUGGCGUUAAUAUGACUAUAGUGCAGUAGAAUUGUUCCUAUCCGUGAUGAAUUAGAGAGCGAACUUAGCAGAUCCCAUCGGUAAAUUCACCAAGAGCCACCAGGAAACAUUUACUAGUUUACACCACCAACUCCCAGAGAGUGACUACGCCCCUGCGUAGAGAUAUGUUAGCUAACGUGACCUCCAUUCCCUCUCAAAGAUAUAUGUUAGCUAACGUGACCUCCAUUCCCUCUCAUAGAUAUCUGCUAGCUAGCGUGACCUCCAUUCACUCCCAUAGAGAUCUGUUAGCAUUAGUGGUGUGAAUCUGUAUUUUGACCAAUGACCACCAGGGGGACUCCUCCCAAUACAAAUAGUGGCUGCGCCCCUACUCAACAAUGCCAGCUCCAUAUAAUAACAAAUAAUAAUUCUCGUUAUUGCAGAGAAUAUAAAUUAUAACGGCUGCGUCAUACUGUAUCGUUUUUAGAGCACAUGCGACAGUGUGACUGCAGGGACAUACAGAGAGCGUUAUUAAUAACCGUUGAGUCCGGGCUAAAACCUAAAUAAGAGUUAACAUGAUUGUCCAGACAGAAUGAGCCUCAAAACGCUGGGGUCUCCUUCUGCCACACUGUUGGUGCUGCUGUGCGUGGCCAGGGAAUGAAUGAGACGUGGGGUAUGGACUGGACCUCCGUGUCCAUAGAUCAAGUCAACUUCACACGGCAUUCGACAAACGCAAUUGGCGAGUUAAUCACCAUACGGGCAAGUGGUGAGUCGAGGAUGCGUCCCAAACCAUGGUGUCCUACACGAGUCGCCUCGUAGUUCAUCUUUGCCAUCGAGCGCUGCUGGCGGUGGCGGUGAAUCCCUUGAAGCAAUAAUGCCACGUCCAUCUGUACGUCUGUACAUAAUGUACGUUGAACUUCUUUCGCACAGUACGCAGCCAGUCCAGACGCCACCGCCGCCGUUCUUUCCCCAUCGUGAAUGUAUUUGCUUUGCGCGAGGCCAGCGAGUCCGGGCAUGCGUUGGCCUCUGUGGGCGGCGCGGGCCCACCGAGCCGCACCGGCAGGCGUUGUCCCGCGUUUGUUACGUUUCGUGAUUCGAAUGUCUUCGGCCAGUAUUGCCGUUGCACUACCUUCCGGUGUGGUCCUGCCCGAUCGUCGAUCGCCAGGGAUGGCGCGCCGCCUCCGAGGAGUGCGCGCGAGCGUUCGGAAGCGCAAGGUUCGCAGCGCAAAAAAUCGGCAAACGGAUUCCCGGUGCGUUCACCUUUCGUGCAGGCGAAGGCUCCUGGAAACCCUGCGCAGGGUGCGGCAAUAAAGUCAGGAACCAUAGCCAUGUCAAUGUGGGUAUGUCGACCACUUUUCCCCCCCUCCCCCCCCCCAUUUCCUUUCCACCGCACAACACCGAGCCGUGCCCAGUCCGCGCCGAACAACAAGGCUUAGCGGGGGCGCCAGGUUGUAUUUCCUGCCCCUGGAAUCCGAGCAGUGCGAAAAAUAUCAACCCGGCCCACAUCUGGGCCUGCUAUGUCUUAAGCCGCAAUUCAAAUGUCUCGCGUGGCCGGAGUCGUCACAGCCUGGUCUCGGCUUGGCAAAUAGCCGGUGGAAAACUGUGAGAGCCCCGCGCUGGCACGGCUCGGAUGUGCCGGUGGGAAUGGGGGGGGGGGGUGGUGUGUGGGGGUAGUUGAGCAACGUUGAAGUGUCCUGUGCGGAACGGAUUGAGUCGCGCGGUGCGCGGUUCGAGCGUCCGCCCACCGUUGACCGAACAGGCGAUGGCUCCUGACUUUGCCCGCACCGUGGUUUCGCGCACGUCCUGACGGAUGAACGAGCGGUGUCGCAGCUCGGUACUUCCCGUGUACGUUUUUACCGGUCGCCGCUGAUGCAGCUCUUCCGAUGUGAUUCCUGGUUGUGCCCGCCGGUGUUGCUCGGCACGAUUGUCGGACGUACGCCGUACGGGAAGAAAGCUCCCAGCGCGUGGAGCGAAACGUCGGACGCGAUCCGAAAUCGCAUCGGGGAGAGAGCGCAAACGAUGGUGUUGGAAAAUGACAACCAAAAUGUUUGAGGCGCGGUUAAUUUAACAGUUAAGCGGUUUCAUUCUGUUUGCGAAAGGCGGGAACAGUUAUGUAAAGGCCUUAACGUGGAUUGUGUUACUACGUGGGGUUGCCCUGGUAUGCCUUGUUUACUGAACGUUCUCGGCAUUUGUCUCUGUCUGCUGCAUGGCUGACGGUUUGCGUUUUUUUUACAGACGUGGUUCGAGCAAAAAAAAAAAACCAUGAGCUGUAGGGGGAAUGUCUUGAGCUGCACAUACGCAUGGGAGAACUUGGUGCUCUGUCGCCCGCGCUUUAUCUCAUCGCUGUGAACGCCAACGUUGCAAUAGACUGAACGGACGAUGGCAAAGUUGCACUGUGAUAUAACCCACGUGGAUGUUGACGAUUUCUGUCUCGGAUCGACCUUCCUUGAUGCUCCGCGUCUCCUCCGGAGAAGUCCAAAACAGCAGCGUCUGCCGGUUCGACUUGCCAGUUUGGCCAGGAUUAAGAUCAGAAGCCGGGAAUGACCACAAUAAAAUUACGAACCGAAGCCC